UUUUAUUUCCGUUUUCUCUCUGCUCAUCAUAGAUCCAAAAAUUCAGUCAUCUCUUUACCGGAAUUCACUUCCGUUAUCUCAUUCUAGACCUUGGAUGAGAUCGUGUACGCGGCAGGGCUCCUUCAACCGCUCCCGAUUCCACAACAUAUCUGGGCAGAUAUAUCGAUGGAUUUUGUAGAAGGGCUGCCCAAGGUUAGAGGAAAGACAGUAAUAUUGGUGGUUGUUGAUCGUCUUUCUAAAGCAGCACACUUCCUGCCAUUAGCACACCCAUUCACUGCCAUUUCUGUUGCAGGGUUUUUUUUUGCGGAAAUAUUCCGCCUACAUGGACUGCCAGAAUCCAUCGUCUCUGACCAUGAUAAAAUAUUUGUGAGUUCUUUUUGGAAAGAACUAUUUCGGUUGGCUGGAACUAAAUUAGCAUUUUCGUCUGCCUAUCACCCUCAAACCGAUGGGCAAACCGAGGUAGUAAAUCGCACAUUGGGAAUGUUUUUGCGAUGUCUCACCAGUGACUAUCCAAAAGAAUGGGUUCGUUGGCUCCCAUGGGUUGAAUAUUGCUAUAACACCUCUUAUCAUACUUCGCUGGGUGAUACACCCUUUCGCCUUGUUUAUGGUCGGGAUCCACCUAAACUUAUCUCAUAUAUUCCUGGGACAGCGAGAUUAGAGGGUGUGGAACAGGCGCUUCUUAGCCGAGAUCAACUCUUAGCUAAGGCUAGAGAACGACUAGCUCAAGCACAACAGCAUAUGAAGCUGCAGUACGAUAAAACUCACCGCGAUCUGUCCUUUGAGGUAGGAGAUUGGGUCUGGCUACGCAUUCAUCCUCAUAGACAACUCUCCCUAAGUCGUGGUAACCAUAAAUUACUUCCAAAGUUCCAUGGACCAUUUCAAGUUCAGUCACGAGUUGGACAAGCAGCAUACAAAUUGCAAUUACCACCUGAGAGCCGCAUUCACGAUGUGUUCCAUGUCUCUCUUUUAAAGCCACACAAGGGAAAUCCACCAGCAACCAUGGGGACUCUACCAUUGCUAGUUAACCCACCUGAAGAGAGUAAGCCGCUUGCUAUUAUCCGCAACCGUCUGAAUCAUGGCUGCUUAGAAUUCCUGGUCCAAUGGCAGGGAAAAUCACUUGAAGAAGCCUCCUGGGAACCUGCAGAUACAUUUCGGGCUUCAUAUCCAGAUUUUGAGCUUGAGGACAAGCUCCUAGUCGACGAGGGGAGUGAUGUUAUGGACAAGUUUUGGGGUCAAACAUAUCAAAGGCGCAGGAUGGGCCAAAGGGGUGAUCGGCCCGAAGGAAUUCAGUCCAAUAAAGCCACUGAAAGUGGCUGACUUUGGGAGCAAGUUUCUUUAUUCAUUUUAUUGCUUUAAUUUAGUUUUAGCAAGUUUCCUAAAUUCAGUUUUAGCAAGUUUCCUAAAUUCAGUUUUAGCAAGUUUCCUAAUUCAGUUUUAGCAGGUUUACUUUAUUCUCUUUAGG